UUGGGGGGUGUCAAAACAGCUCCUGUUAGGUUCAAACACCAGUCUGAGCAUCAAAUGUAUAUUACUGUAUCAAAUAUAGAUUGUCUUAGAUUGCAGAACAUGAUGACAGACGAUAAUUGAGCUGAUUGAGACUUGAUCGGGACCUAAACGCACACCCUGAACACCCAGCAUGUCAAAGAAAAAAGCAAAGGUGUCCCAGCCAACCGAUGUCAACGCUUCUCGGAAUUGCACUUCUUGCAACCAGGAUGUGAACAUCGGCCUUGGAGGCGAGGCCAAUUGGAAAGCUCAUACUGAGAGUCUUGAGCAUCGGAAAAACACCAGUGCAGUUCAGAACAAUCGAAUGCUCACCUCUUUUUUCCAGCCAAAAAGUGUAAGUAUGCAAUCAGUUGCUGUCGCUGGCCCUGCAAAAGCUUGGCAGCCUGUAACUGGCACUGGUGAGGCACAAAUUGCCAAACUCAGUGCUGCACCAGCAAGCAAACAGCUGCCAUCGUGCAAUGAUAAUGUCAUUGACAUUGAAGCACGAGAACUGGCGAAUACAUCAGCACCAUGUGGUUAUGGACUGCAGCUUAUCCAGGACCUGCGGAAUUUAGCCAAGGGAUUGGCUCCAAGUAUCCCAGUUGGUGCAAGCGACGAGCUCCUGUCACGCUUUGGAGGCGAUCCCAGGCAAGAAGUCGAGGAAGAUCAAGACCCUUGGGAGAUGGUUAAUCAGGCACUUGACAAUGCUUUAGGAUAUGAAAAGACACCUGAAGACCUCGCACGAUGCAUGCGCCGUGGUAGUCUUGGUAUUGAUGGCCUGUGUAACUGGCUGGAAAUCAGCAUCCGCUUCUUGGGCAUUCAAGGGGUUCUCCUUGAGCCGCGUAUCGAAAAGGUGAUAAAAAGCCUCCAAAUCUGCGGAGCAAAAGCGAUAGUACCAGAACCAGUUAACCACAUUGCUGUAAAAUCUCGUGGCUCGUUGGUGGCAAGUAAACGUGGGCCUGAAAAUUUAGCCUGUCAACCAUGCAGUGGAUACAAACUCGAAAUCCCUUCCGGUCAGUCACCAUAUGGAUGUUAUCCUUUCGGACUACACACCAGAUACACACUACCAUGGACAUGCGUUGUGCACGAUGAUGCAAUCUACUUGGUUUCAAAGAGCUGCCAAAAAAAUGUGUCAAUGAAUGUAUUGGAUCGUCACGGCAAGCAACAUACAACUUGCUUUGAUUGUCGCCACUUGGAGAACAACGAGCAAAUAAUGGGUGUCCGUAAACGUAUGCACAAUGGAGUCCACGAGAAUUCCAAUCACCCAUUCUUCUCUUAUUUCCAACUCGUCGAGACCAUGAAACGUCUGAAGGGGCACAACAAUAGGGGCCGCAUGUUUUGUCUGUGAAGUUGAUGGAGAAGUUCGUGGAACAUUGCAUGAGCGUUAUCGCUGCCUUCGCUGCCCGGCCGUUGCAUUUGAGGAACUCGGCCCAAAACUUAUUGAGCACAUGGGGGUCAUAUUUUAUUUGAUCAGGACCUACGAGACAAGCACAAUGUCUGCGGCUUGUGUCUCAGCAUUGGGUUAUGCGAGAUUCGACUUGCGAGAGGCGCCGGAGGUUCCGAAGUUGUCGACAUCAGUCGCUCGCGCUGCCCGAAUCUAUUCAAGAUCAAGUUGAAGAAUGCACGCAAGUCAACAAAGCACUCGCCUUGUACAAACACCCCGCUUCAUUGCCCGUAUUGCGACAGUGAUGCUGCUCCAGUGUGGAAAUA